AUGUACGUUGAGAACCCUCCUCUACACUUUGCAAACGAGCCUAGGCAGCCCCGACGCUCUCGAGAGUGUCUUGCUAAUUCUGUGCGGCCCCCGUCGGCAGUGACUCGGCAGAUGGGCCUAAGGGGAAGGCUGCCCUCGCCGUGGGUAGCAGAGGGGCCCCUAUUAUCAGCCUUUGAGCAGCAGCAACACUAUGGUGAGCCCCAUCUGAAUUCGCAGCAUCGGCGCCUUGGGCGUUUUUCUCCGGGGCUUUCCCUGCUCCUACUGUUGGUGCUUCCUUUCAGUGUCUCUGCUUCAAGCCUGUUGCCACGACUUCCAGUAGGCCACGGCACAACAACCAGUUUCGUAGCUUGUCCAGGAGCAGGCAGCCAUAAGGCGAGCCCUUUUAUCUCAAGUGGGGGCCGCAUCAGGGUCAACCCCGGGCGCGGCGACGUUGGAAGUGCCCUUGCUGGAUUCCUCAACUCUACAUACCCUAAAAACUCCUGCGGAUGCAGAGUCGGAUUCGAAGGGAACGAUGAUGGCCUUAGGUCAAAGAUCGACAAGAGAGGCUCUGCAGAUGCGGAUUGCCGUCCAGCUCGCACUCCCAGCAGCACAAGCAGCAAAGACUCCAGCACCAGCAGCAACAAUUCCCACGCGUUUUCCUCCACCGUUCUGCUACCACGUUCGUCGUUGCGCCUUCGCGGGGAUAUAUGGAAGUCUGAGCUUGCGGUGCAACGGCUUUGGCAGCGACACAACACGUACAAGCAGCUGCUCCUGCAGAUUUGGUGCAUGAACAAAUGUUUACAGCACCUGAAGGACCAGAAAAGCAACUCAACUAGCAGCAACAAGAGGAGGCGCAAGCCUUCAGAUGAAGUUCUGGACUGCCUUGGGUUUGCAGUAGCUCCGCCGAGCAACAAUGAUGGCAGCAGCGAUAGCACCAUGCUGCUGUUGGACGGCCCUCCAUAUGCUAAUGGGGAGCCGCAUAUGGGCCACGCAGUUAAUAAGUGCUUGAAAGACUUUGCUGUGAGAGCUGCGCUGUUGCAACGCCGCUGUUGCCAUAUGCUUCCGGGGUGGGAUUGUCACGGGUUGCCCAUAGAGCUCAGAGCAGCCGCAGCAACUGCUGCUGCGAGUAACCGUGGCGCAACUGCACCAACAGCCACAGCAGAGCCUACUGAAACAACAGGGGUUGUCCAAUUAGAACCAAACACUGGAGGAGCUACCACCACCGGCUGCAAGGGCGGCAGCACCACAGUAGGCAGAAGCGACAGUUGCACAGGCCUCUUGGGCAAGGCUGGGUCCGAGGAGUUGCGCAACAGAGCUCGGCUAGUUGCUCUUCACUUUGCUUCGCUGCAGCAAAAUGCAUUUCAACGUUUUGGCGUGUGGGCGCAUUGGGACUCUGCCUACAAGACUCUGGACAGCGACUUCAAGGUCCACGAGCUGCAGCUCUUUGCGCUUCUGUGGAACAGCGGCCUAGUCUCUCUGUCGCGUUCCCCUGUAUAUUGGAGUCCUUCCAGCGCAAGCACCGUCUCAGACAGCGAGGUGGUGCUGAAGCCAACGUCCAGAGACCAUCUCUAUUUCAAGUUGUUGCUAACAGGCCCUCGUCCAGUCUCAGAGGAUGGCAAGCCCUUUCCCACUGGAAAGGAGAUGCCCUGGUUCUUCGUUGCCUGGACGACCACCCCUUUCACAAUCCCCGCUAACAGGGCACUUGCUGUCUCCGCUUCUACGCACUACGCGGUCUUGAGAGCCUCUCUAAAAGGGCCUCGAGGUGGAGAUGAGGAAAUAUGGAUAGUGGGGGAGAGGUGUGUAAACCGCCUGCUGGCGGCUCUUCAGGGUGCAGGGGAGCCCUGGGAUGUGCUCCAAAUAGGAACGCUCCCGGGGAGCUGCCUGGAGCAUCAAAGGUAUGCUCAUCCUAUUGCGAGCAGAGUGACUUGCCCCGUCCUGUUGGAUCCCGCUGUUGAAGAUGACAAGGGGACUUCCAUCCUUCACGUGGCCCCCGCGCAUUCCCAAGAGGAUUAUCGCCUUUGUGAGCGUGCAGGGCAGGGCGUUGGUCUCCUAGUCCAACAGUCAACGGAUCCCACAACUCAUGUAAAUGUGCCGCUGCUCCCCGCCCUGGGGGAUGAAGCAGCAGCAACUGCGGUAGGAGCCCCGCUGUUGUGUCCUGUGGGACCCCAGGGAACCUUUUUAGGAGGCAGCGGUAGCGAGCCCUUUAAAGGCCUUGAAGCCCUGAGUGGUGGAGAGCAAUCCAUCAUCGAAUAUCUGCGCAGCAGUAAAGCUCUACUGCUUAGCCAAAAAGUUGUGCUACCAUUCCCUCACGAUGAGCGCCGCGGGCGUCCUCUGCUGCUGCGUGCAACUCCCCAGUUGCACUUUAAAGUGAAGGACCUUCUGCCGGAGAUCUUCCGGGAUUUGCAGCGCAUUAGGUGGCUGCCUCUAAGGCGCAGUGCGAAGCAGCACCAAACACACCACAGCGCUUUUGGGCUAGAACUCCGGGAACUCUUACAGGGGCAGGAAGAACAAGGUGCCAGGGAGGGCUUCCGUCGUCAGCGAGCCCAACAACUGAGGCUUGGUACCGUGCAGGCUGAAGGCCAGAAGGGCACACAAGGGGUGACUGCACAGACAGCGGAGAAACGCAGAACAACAGUAUGCACUGACGGAAACCUCCACGACAAGCAAAAGCCAGCAAUGGCAGCCCUGGACGACGCAGUAUUGCCUCAACUCCCAUUCAGCGUCGCGGGCAACAAACUGAGCAAGUCAAAGGGGAAUGCGCUAUCGCCAGACAUCUUUUUCUCUGCUGAAAAGGAAGCUGCAGCAGCUGCUGCAAGAAAGCCUCCCCAUGGACACAGCGGUCCCUCUGCGCAACCGCAACAGCUGCAGCGUGUACGGAGGCAGCGAAAAGAUGGCCCGGUGACGUACGGCGCCGAUGUGCUGCGUCUGUUUGUGGGCGCCCUGGACUUUGGAGGAGACAUGGCAUGCCCUGGAGAUUCGGAAGAGCAGCAGCAGAGCAGACACACCGUAGUGCAUGCAGCCAGUACUACUUAUAUCAAGCUCAGAAACGCAUUCAGGUACCUCAUUGGCUCACUCCAGGACUUCGACAUCAAUGCCGACGCGCUCCCAUUAAAUGAACUCCCUCUUUUUGACAUAGGGAUGCUGCUGAGACUACAGGCGUUGGUGGACGAUGUGGGAAAGGCCUACGAGGUUUUCCAGCACAACAAGGCCCUGCGUUUGCUGCUUCGGUUUAUCUCCGAGGACUUGUCAGCCACUUUUAUUGAAGUAGCGAGGGACAGACUUUACCUUGACCAUCCUAAAGGCUAUCGUAGACGCAGCUGCCAGACAGUGCUCGUUAUGGUGCUGCUAGUGCUGACACAGCUCGUGUCUCCUCUGACACCCCAUCUGGCUGAAGAGGUAUUUUUCAGAAUGCCCAAAACGCUCAGGGAAGCGCUGGCUGCUCACCGCAGCAGCAAGAUUAUGGCGGCUUUAGGCCCACAGGGCGAAGGCUUGGCAGAUGCUCUCGGUCUCUGCGGUCCUUUGACCUCUGUCUUUCACGUAGGGUGGCCUCGUAUGCACCUGUCUAUUCAGCCCGCCGCUGUGGCGGAGGCGCAGCAGCUCUGGGGUCUCCUGCUGCCGUUGCGCCAAGAUAUGCACGGCCUCUUUACCAGAGCGCGGCAGCUGCAGAAUUGUGGCCACGUGGGGUCACCACGGGUUGGCUCGCUAAAUGAUCUGAAGCUGAGUAUAACUGCUCCGUCUAAGCUUCUGAGGCCGGCUCCAUUGUCUAAGCCAUUCCUGGGGCAGAAUGGAGCACCACAACCGAUGCGUUCAUACGUUGAUGAUCUCCGGUGGCUACUCCAGUGUUCGGGCGUUGAACUUCACAUGCCUAGGAUCCCCGUCGAGGCUCCCAAGGAAGAGCAACUUGACGAGAACCUGCUGGCUUCUGUGGAGGGGAAUGCUUCGCAUUCGGGUUUGUGUAUGAAGCUGUACAGAGCACAAGGGCCGAGAUGCCAGAGCGAAGUCUCGGAGUCUCAAGGGCCUGCAGACUCCUCUCAGCAUGACGACGGAAAUGCGCCAGCAGGGACGGAUGCCUCUGGGCAGGCCACUGCGGAAGUCCCAUUUGCGUGUGAGAGGUGCACUGACGUCAUGCGGCGCAUCCAGAGCAAAGCAUGA